AUGUGCAUUUCUCCACCCUGCACCUGCAAACUUAGUAGUCCUCUCCCAAUUGUCCACAAAUAUUAUCAGUCUGGAGAUUUAAUCAUCGCUGCUAUUAUUUAUCAGGUUCUCUUUCUUACAAAUGAGAUCACUUUUCAAAGCCUUCCUUCUUUUGAUGUCCUUGAUCAAUACCUGUUCAUCACUCAUAAUUACCAGCACACUUUGGCUCUGGCAUUUGCUGUAAAGGAGAUUAAUGAAAUUGGACUUUUACCUAAUGUUAGCCUUGGUUUUCAUAUUGCUACUGACAAUCAUGAGGAAAUUACAACUUAUCAUUUGGCUAUGGAAUUUUUAUCUACAAAAGGUAAAUUUAUACCCAACUACAAUUGCAAUGACCUGACCAACACAGUAGCAGUCAUUGGAGGAGCCCGUAUUAACACCUGUGUCAACAUGGCAAUCAUUCUGUGCAACUACAAAUUUCCCCAGAUCACAUAUGGAUCAGCUCCACUGAUGAAUACUGAAACAGCAAUAUUUGUCAAAUCGAUGUUCCCAGAUGAGUAUCACCAAUUUAAAGGAAUACUGCACUUAUUGUUGAAUUUUGGAUGGACCUGGGUUGGGUUCGUUUCUCUGUAUGAUGAAGAUAGAGACAGGUUCAUUCAAAAGAGAUUUUCCAUAUUUUCAGAGAGAGGAAUCUGCUUUGACUUUAUAGAAUGUCUUCCCCAAAUGAUGUAUGGUAAUGAAGCUGCUGAAUUGAUAGAAAAUACAGAUAAAAUAUUCAAAGUGAUCAUGAAGAGUACAGUCAUUGCAGUCAUCUUAAGUGCUGAAAUUACAGGCAUAGUGCCUUUGAGACUAAUGAUCUGUCUUUUCAAUUAUGAUGAUAUUCCAAAUGACAGAAAGGCCAAAGUUUGGAUCAUGACAGCCCAGAUGGAAUUCACCUCCAUUCGGAUGCAAAGACAGUUGCCCAUUGAUUUUCUCCAUGGUGCCCUUUCAUUUGCAAUUCACUCAAAGGAGCUGACUGGAUUCCAACAAUUUAUGCAGAAGAGAAACCCAAACCUAGAAAAAGAUGAUGGUUUUAUUAGGGAUUUCUUUAAAGAUGCAUUUGAAUGCUCAUUCUCCAGUGAUAUUACAGAUGGGAAUGGUGAAAGGAUCUGCACUGGAGAAGAGAAGCUGGAGACUCUUCCAAAUUCUGUAUUUGAGACCACCAUAGGUGGACAUAGUUAUAGCAUCUACAAUGCAGUCUAUGCUGUGGCACAUGCUCUGAAGGCCUUGCGCUCUGCCAAACAUAAAGGGGGUCGAAAAAUGGAUGAGAGGAGAUGGAGGCUAUUCCUCCAAUCACCCUGGCAGCUGCACCAUUUUUUGCAACAAGUCUCCUUUAACAACAGUGCUGGAGAACAGGUUUCUUUUGGCCCCAAUGGGGAACUAGAAACUGGAUUUGAUAUUUUCAAUUGGGUCACAUUUCCAAACACGUCCUUUCUGAAAGUCAAAAUUGGAAAGAUCGACCCCACAGCUCCUACGGACAAGCUCCUCACCAUAUCUGAAAAAGAUGCCAAAUGGCCUCUCAUAUUUAACAAAACAUUACCUCUUUCCAUCUGUAACAAGGAGUGUCCUCUUGGCCAUAGCAAGAUAAAAGUGGAAGGAAAAUUAUCCUGCUGCUAUGACUGUAAACCGUGUCCAGAAGGGAAGAUAGCUGACCAAUUAGACUCAGAUGGCUGUUUUCCAUGUACAGAGGAUCAAUAUCCAAACAAGAAUAAGAAUAAAUGCCUUCAAAAAAGUAUAACUUAUUUAACAUAUCAAGAACCUUUGGGGAUUUCUUUGGCAGUGAUUGCAGUCUCCUUUUCUGCCAUCUCAGCUGUGGUGCUUGGGAUAUUCAUUAAACAUCAGGACACACCUAUUGUUAGAGCCAAUAACAGGAAUCUCACUUAUAGCCUUCUCAUUGCUCUCCUCCUCUCUUUCUUUUGCAGUUUGCUCUUUAUUGGGCAACCUGAUCAAAUCAAAUGUCUCUUGCGACAAACUGUUUUUGGCAUCAACUUCUCUGUAGCUGUUUCUUGUAUAUUGGGGAAAACAAUCAUAGUAGUGCUUGCUUUCAUGGCCACCAAGCCUGGCUCCAAAAUGAGGAAAUGGGUGGGGAAAGGGCUGGCUAUCUCUAUUGUCCUGUCUUGCUCCCUGACACAAUUCUGCAUUUGUGUGGUAUGGCUCACAAUUUAUCCUCCCUUCCCAGAUUCUGACAUGCACUCCAUGGCUGAAGAAAUUGUUCUGCAAUGUAAUGAAGGUUCAACCACAAUGUUUUAUACUGUGCUUGGCUUUUUGGGAUUCUUGACUGCUGUCAGUUUCACUGUGGCCUUCCUAGCUAGGAAUUUGCCUGAUAGCUUUAAUGAAGCCAAAUUUAUCACCUUCAGCAUGUUGGUCUUUUGCAGUGUUUGGGUGUCAUUUGUUCCCACCUAUUUGAGUACCAAGGGAAAAUACAUGGUGGCAGUGGAGAUCUUCUCCAUUUUGUCUUCAGCAGGUGGAUUACUGCUCUGCAUAUUUUCCCCCAAAUGCUAUAUCAUUAUUUUGAGACCUAAUCUGAAUAAGAAGGACCAAUUAAUGAAAAAAUGA